AUGCAACCGUACUUGAUCAUAUUUGCGCAAAUACACGCCGAGUUCCGGAUACCAGAACUUCAGUCGGUCGCUGAACUGCAUGGGUUCAAGAUCUAUCUGCCCUCGGACUUCGACAUCGGGAGACCAUAUCAAGUCAUCGAGCUGGAAAGCGACGAACACGCGAGGCUACUUGCACGGCGAUGCAUUCUCGUGAAAUCUGUCUACGAAUUUUACGCUCGAGGGAGUACGUAUGAAAAUAUGCACGCCGAAAAUCGCAAGGCCUCGGACCGUUGGUUGCGCUAUGCGGAGGAUACCUCCUUCAAAUUCUCGAUCUUGGGCUACAACCAUACGAUCCCGAAUAAACGGCAACGAGAAGUCUGUGAGGGUUUCUCCUACAUGAAUCUCCAGGGCAAGAUCGACCUGAAGAAACCCGAGCUCGUCCUCGGUGUGUUUGAAGAGUAUACUGAUCCAAGAGGCGUAGUUGGGGCCAAUCCCGAAGAUCAGUACAAGCGCGAUGGACAAUUCCGCGAGGUCUUCUUUGGCAGGUUGAUCGAGGAAGGGUCCGCUCGCCCGUUGAUCCACACUUUCGAUGUGAAGAAAAGGGUGUUCUUCGGCAACACGAGCAUGGAGGCAGAGGUCUCGUUGUUAAUGGCGAAUCAGACGAUGGCAACACCUGGCUCUCUCGUUUAUGAUCCCUUCGCGGGUACCGGUAGUAUGCUCUACACUGCGGCAUGGUUUGGCGCCUAUGUUUAUGGUUCCGACAUUGACGGGAGGCAGAUGCGGGGAAAAGGUGCGAUCAACCAAACUACAGGCAUUCGUCGCGCUGCUGAGCAAUACGGGGUUUCGCAAAGGAUCAUGGAUUUGUCGACGUUUGAUAUGACCCACCAUCCAUGGAGAAAAGGAAGCAUAUUCGAUGCCAUAGUCACCGAUCCUCCAUAUGGUGUUCGAGCAGGAGCAAAGAGACUUGGGAGGAGAAAGGAUCGCCCGAACAGACCCGCCUUCGACCCCGCGCAGCGAAAAGACGAACAACCAUACGUGCCCCCGACAAGUCCAUACGAGCUCUCCCAGCUUGCCUCUGAUCUUGUGCACCUUGCGCGGUAUCUCUUGAAACCCGGCGGUCGACUGGUCUUCUUCCUGCCUACUGUCAACGAGGAUUACCAAGAAAUCGAUGUAGCCACGUUCAUGUGCGACGGUAUGCAAGUCAUUGCUAACUCGCUACAAGAUUUUGGUUCGUGGGGCCGUCGGCUUAUUACUAUACGCAAGACGGGGAGCGCGGAGUACCCUCCACCAACGUUCAACGCGGACUCGGGAGGUGAUCCUGUUCAUGUUCCCGCUCACAGAGACUUCCGGGAGAAGUACUUCAAGGGUUUUCGAAAGGAUGCGCCGUCAUCCACCAGCCCCGAACGGCCCGAACCGUUGAAGCCAGAGAUGCUGUCAUAA